AUGCAUUGCCCGGGCCAGGAGGCCUUCAUCGCGACGCUCCACCCGACCAGCGCACUGUUCGAGAGGCCCGUACACCUCAAGCGCGCCAAGCAAGCCCACCGCCUGUUUCAGCAGACUCUGCGCGCUUUCGGUCUGAACGUGCGACUCGAUUGCGAGACGGACCCGAAGGCGCGGCGUGAGUUGGAGGAUUUCGCGGUGAGCCACCUGCAGUACGUGUGGGCGCACAACGGCGUGGUAUCCGCGGCAAACGCGGUCCUCAACCCCACCGCUGGUGCACAGCACGGUCCGCACGGCCGUGCGUGCUUCAUUGACGAACACUACAAGCGCGACGUCAUCAGGGCCUUGGACUCGGAGAGCUUGGUCAACUUGUUGCUAUGCAACCCUACCAUUAUACUCCAGAAGGCCAAUCGGGAGACUCCUGUGACGGCUAGCUACAUACUGUACGCUUGCGGUGUGGUGAGAAUGUGA